ACUGGACUCCCUAUGGUCCGUGUCAGUACUACAGACUAUUAUUUUGAAAGCCAAAAAGCCACCCGGAAUCACAUGACCUGUCUGUCAGCUCUGUAUGGUGAAACCAAACAAGACAACUCUGCAUACAUGUCCACUUUAGCAAAAGCAAUGUCCAAGUUCCGUCUGGCCGUGGUCCAGCUGCAGGUGACGAGCGUCAAGGCGGACAACCUGAGCAGAGCCCGGAGGCUGGUGAAGGAAGCUGCGGGACAAGGCAGCAAAGUGGUGCUGCUGCCGGAAUGCUUCAAUUCUCCAUAUGGGACCAGCUUCUUUGCUACGUAUGCUGAGAAGAUCCCUGGAGAGUCCACUCAGGUGCUGUCGGAGGCGGCGAAGGAGAACAAGGUGUAUCUGGUGGGAGGAUCCAUCCCUGAAGAGGACGGAGGAAAGUUGUACAACAGCUGUACAGUGUUCAGUCCUGACGGAGAGCUGAUUCUCAAACACAGGAAGAUUCACCUCUUUGACAUCGACGUUCCGGGGAAAAUUCGCUUCCAGGAGUCUGAGACGCUGAGCCCAGGCAACAGUUUGUCAAUUUUCGAAACGCCGUACUGUAAAGUGGGUGUGGGGAUUUGCUAUGACAUGAGGUUUGCAGAGCUUGCACAGAUCUAUAGCAGGAAAGGCUGUCAGCUGCUGGUCUACCCUGGAGCCUUCAACAUGACGACUGGCCCAUCCCACUGGGAGCUCCUUCAGAGGGGGAGGGCACUCGAUAACCAAGUGUACGUUGCCACCGCUUCUCCCGCCAGAGAUGAAACUGCUUCAUACGUCGCCUGGGGCCACAGCACUGUUGUUAACCCAUGGGGAGAAGUUAUCUCAAAGGCUGGACCAGAGGAGGCCAUUAUUUAUGCUGAUAUAGACCUGCAGUAUUUAGCCGACAUCCGUCAGCAGAUCCCGAUCACAGCUCAGCGUCGGAACGACCUCUACGCGGUGUCGUCUGUGCAGGAAGGAUCGAGCUGAACGCUGCGACCUUAAGAAGGAAGGUGUGACUGUACCGGCACAAACUAUGCAAGGGAUGUCUGCUGCAACAGAGUCAAGACCUAAUUAACUCAAGACUCAACUGUCUUAAUUGUGGAAACGAGAGAUGCAAUUUGGUUGAUCCUUAAUUCAGUGAUGCUGCCACUUCUUGGGCACCACAGCACUGCUCACUUCUUAAGGACAAAGUGCGCUUUGUUUGAAUGAGAGGUUUGGUUAGUCAUUGAUUGCUGGCAUCAGUUAUUUGGUAACAUUUGCUAGCUACAGAUUCUCUAAGGUGACAAUGAGUAAAUACUUUAAUCUGGUUCAUAUUAUUGAAAAUUGAACCUUUGGAACCUCGUGUCAAAAUUCUCUAUUAAAAAAUUGUAUUUGUGGCUCCAGAAAUUUCAAAAGUAGAAAACAUUCUGUUCUAUAUUGUCAUAUUUUCUAUUAUGGUGGAGAAAUGGAACAGAUCUGUAAAAUAAAACUGAAUAAAACAGCUCCAUGCCUGG